AACACAUAAAGAGACACACCAAUCAACAAGACACAAAAAGAUAGGAGAGAAAGAUGGCCAUCGUGAAGAUGCCCUUCAGCUUUUUGGCUUUCUUUUGCCUGUUAUUGCAGUUAUUUUCCAUCUUUAAUAUCGGAAAUGCGGAACUGGAGAUGAAUUAUUACAGAGAGAGUUGCCCGAGAGCGGAAGAGAUUAUCAGACAACAAGUGGAGACGCUUUACUACAAACACGGCAAUACAGCCGUGUCUUGGCUCCGUAAUCUCUUCCAUGACUGCGUCGUCAAGUCGUGUGAUGCGUCACUGCUACUAGAGACAGCAAGAGGAGUUGAAUCUGAGCAAAAGUCAACGAGAAGUUUUGGUAUGAGAAACUUUAAGUACGUUAAGACUAUCAAAGACGCACUCGAGAAAGAAUGUCCUGGAACAGUCUCUUGCGCUGAUAUUGUUGCUCUCUCUGCUAGAGAUGGUAUUGUCAUGUUGAAAGGGCCAAAGAUAGAUAUGAUAAAGACAGGAAGGAGAGACAGUAGGGGGAGCUACUUGAGAGAUGUUGAGGCUCUAGUUCCUAACCACAAUGACUCUCUCUCAUCUGUUCUCUCAAACUUUAACUCCAUCGGCAUCGAUGUUGAAGCCACCGUUGCUCUCUUAGGUGCUCACUCAGUGGGUAGAGUCCACUGCGUUAACCUAGUGCACCGACUAUACCCAACGAUUGACCCGACUCUCGACCCAAACUACGCACUUUACUUGAAAAAACGUUGCCCUACUCCAAAUCCGAACCCGAAGGAGGUCUUAUACUCCCGCAACGACCCUGAGACUCCAAUGGUUGUGGACAACAUGUAUUACAAGAACAUCAUAGCUCAUAAAGGGCUCCUUGUCAUCGAUGAUGAGCUAGCCACCGAUCCGAGGACCGCACCUUUUGUGGCGAAGAUGGCUGCGGACAAUGGUUACUUCCAUGAGCAAUUCUCACGCGCUAUCAGGCUCUUGUCUGAGACCAAUCCUCUCACCGGUGACCAAGGGGAGAUCAGGAAGGAUUGUCGCUAUGUGAACUAACUGAUUAUAUUGUUUUUUCUUUAUGAAAGAUAAUAACCAUAUAUAUCAUAUAUGUGUGUAUGUGUGCUAAUGGUUUGGAGUCAAUAAGAAGAUAUAUUUUGUCACA